CCCCUGGCAGUGUGUCACAGGGCCCUUUGUGACACGGUGGCCGUCGCCCAGGGGAUGGGCCGGUGUCCUUUGUGACCCGUGGGGAUAAAGGUGUUGGCGGCAACGCGGCCACGCCACCGUGCUCGGAGCGGGCGACUGGGCAGGACGGGACAGAGCGGUGCUGUGAGGAGCCUCCUCGCAGCCAACUCCUUUCUCGUCGACCAGGAGCGUUUCUGAGAGUUCUUUUGUGAUCAACUUCCCUCGAGGCCACAGCACAGGAGUUGGGGACCCAGAGCGUUUCUGAGGUGACCCCACUCCCUGUGGGAGUGGCCCUCGAGGCCAGGCCACGGGCCUUGGUGACCCGGAGCUUUUCCGAGGAGUCACCAGUGGCUGUGGCAGCGGCCCUUGAGGCCAUUUUGUGAGACUUUGCCACCAGGGGCUGUUCCAAGUCAUCAGCAGCCCCUGUGGCAGUGGCCCUUGAGGCCAUUUGUUGAGACUUUGCCACCAGGGGCUGUUCCAAAACAUCCCCAGUCCCUGUGGCAGGAGCCCCGCAGGCCAUUUUGUCACACUUGGCCGCCAGGGGUUUUUUCCAGGUUUCUCCCCCGCAGGUGCCCUCAAGACCAGACUGUGCCAUGGCGGGGGGAUGCUUCGGCCUGUGCCGGCUGCUCCGGAGGAAGAACAGGAGAGGCCCUGGAGCUGGCCCAGCACAGGAACCAGAGGAGGAGGUGCAGCACUUCCAGCCACUGCAGCAGGAUCCAGGCCGGGACCGCCCAGAAGAGCAGGACCGCGCCCGUGGCCGCUUGCGCAGGGCAGUUCAGAGGUUGCUGAAGUUCAUGAGAGUUCGGCGCAGAACAGCCACGACCGCACCGCCCGAGCUCCCGGCACAGCCUGACACCAGCGCAGCCGAGCUCGAGGUGGAGCCAGAUGUCAGCACUGCACCGAGGGACUGUGCAGCCAGCGGUGACAUGGCACCCAUGGAUUGUGCAGCCAGCGGUGACAUGGCACCCAUAGAUGGCACAGCAACCUCAGACACAUCAGUGACUGAUGGCACAGAAACCACCGACAUGGCAGCAACCGAUUGCGCAGCCAAAAGUGACAUGGAACUGGUUGAUGGCACUGACACCUCUGGCACGUCACAGAUCGAGGGCACAGAAACCUCUGACAUGUCACCAGUUGAGGGCACAGAAACCUCUGUGCUGCCACCAGUGGAAGGCACAGCCACCUGUGACAUGGCACCCACUGAUUGUGCAGCCAGUGGUGACAUGGCACCAGUUGAUGGCACAGCAACCUUGGACGUGGCAUUGAUUGAUGGCACAGAGACCACCAACAUGGCAGAUAUUGAUUAUGCAGCCAGCUCUGAUGUGGCACUGAUUGAUAGCACGGCAAUCUCUGACAUGGCACCAUCAGAGGGCACAGCCACCUCUGCCACAGCACCAAUGGAUGGCACUGACACCUCUGACACUGCACAGACCGAGGGCACGGACACCUCUGACAUAGCACCAGUUGAGGGCACAGAAGCCUCUGACCUGGCACCAGUGGAAGGCACAGCCACCUGUGACACCGCACUGACCGACACCGGGACAAGCUCUGACACGGCACCAACUGAUGUCGGGGCCAAGGCUGACACCACGACUGAGGGCACCGCAGACACCAACUGCACAUCCAUGGACAGUGUGACUGAUGCUCCCAGUGUCGACGUUUCAGAGGAGAAAAGUGUCUCCAGUGCAAAUGAAGUGCCGGCCAGUGUCAGCCCCAUCCACCAGUGGCUCACGUGCCAGGAGUCUCCAGAGGUCAGGCCGCCCAUUGCCAUCCGCAGGCUGGCCCACGCACACCCUGGGCACGUGGUGAUGACUCUCCUGCACUGUGCCCCAGCGUGUGACAGAGCUGCUGCAAUCCUGUGGAGGACCAUCGCCUCCUCGGCCACCACAGCGCACAAGGUGCUGCCAACGCUGCUCGGGGUGAUGGAGGACUGGCCACUGCACAGCGUGUGCACCUCCAACGGGGACCACAUGGACGUCUUUGCCCUGGCUGCAACCCUGGCCCUGUGGCUGAUGGUCCAGGAGCCCCAGUGCCAAGAUGCACUCUUGGUUCAUGCCCCUCGUCUCCUCCUGGCUCUGCUCUGCCAAGUUUCUAUGAGCACUGAGCAGAUGCCACAGGAGGUCAGCACCUUCUGGAGGGGAUGCCAGGAGCUACACGGCCUUCCCACCCACCCCAACAGCUUUGUGGUGCAGACCAUCCGGGCCCUGCUCUGCCGGCUGCAGUGGGACCAGGAGCUGGUGUCAGUGGAGCGCAAGCGUGGCUGGGACGCGCUCCUCUCUGCUGACACCCACCACUACGCGGUGGGGCUGCUGGCCAGGGAGAUGCGCCACGUGUUGGUCCCCUCCUAUGGCCCGCUGGCAAGGCACCUGCUGGGGCUGCUCAGCAGGGAGGGGCCCCGCUGGGAGCUGCCUGCCCUGGCCUUCCUUGUUGAGGUCCUCGACUAUCUGGACGUGAACACCUGUCACGACAGUGUCCUGCAGAUCCUGGCAAGGCACCUGCAGAGCCAGUGCCCAGAGAGGCAGCGCCUGGCUCUGCGAGGACUCCUGGUGCUGAGCGUGGAUCCCUCCAUGGCCAAAGGCAUCUGCAGCCUGUCUGAGCCCCUCCUGGAGCUGCUGCGUGAUGGAGAUGGAGAGCUGGUCGCCAUGACCCUCUCCGUGUUCCGGAAUGUGCUCCGGGAUGAAGACAACAGUGACGGGUUCAGCUCCACUGCCCCGAGGCUGGCUGAGGCGCUCCGGCCAGUCUUUGACCACGACAACAGCCACGUGCAGCUGCUGUCCAUUCGCCUCUUCCGAGAGGUGAUGGAGGUGCUGGCGGAAGAGGGAACAGAGCCCUGGGAGAUGCAGGUGCGCCAGAGCCUGGUCCCACUGUUCUUCCGCUGGCACGACGAGAACCAGCGCGUGGCAGAGGCCGCUCGGGAAGCGCUGCUCUGGGCUACAAGCUUCCUCAAGAGGAAGGACCUGGAGCAGCUGGUGAAGACAGAGCAGCCCUUCAGGUUCUGUGACUGCCUGAUGGAAAAGGACCUGAGCCAAAGGGGCGAGCACCUGCAGCAGGCCCUGCCCUACCUGCAGAGCCCACAGGAGCCCCUGCGAGAGGCGGCCGUCAGGUUCAUGGGUGAGCCCCAAGGCCGCGGUCCCUCCCCGCCCCGCUGCAGCUCGGCCCCAGCCCCGGCUGCUGCAGCAGCAGCAGGAUGGCCCAGCCCCGGGGCCUCCCCAUGCGGAGCCCCUGGGCCCUGA